GUUGGAGCUUCCCCGAAGGCAAGAAGUGCAAACGUAGCAAACUUAGCAAACGUCCUGCGCUUUCCAUACCAAGCCCUCGACCGUUUCAUUCCCUUGUUUACUGCUUGAUAUCUACGAAUCCAGCAAGAUGAUGGACUCGGACGAAGACGAUAUAUAUCCCGAUUAUGACCCGAAAAAUGGCCACACGCACCAGGCUGAGGUCAAAAUGGAGGACGCAGAGGACGGAGAAGAGGAAGGCGAGGAGGUCGAAGACAGCGACGACGAUGUCGAUUUCAUAAUAGAUGUCAAAGAAGAGAAUAAGUCCGAACCUGCAUCACAAACAAAACGCCCUCCAGGCCUCACACCAGGUCUGUCGACCACCGACAUACGGAAAGCGUCUAGCACACCACAACCAGUAAUAAAAGCAGAAACACCAGGCGCUGGCACCACCAGAGCGGACUCACAAACGCCCAACGACCGACCAGGCACCGAGUACCCAGCAAGACACACCUCGAAGCUCGACCCGAACGGAAACCCUGUACAUCCUGCGACCGGCAAGCCCAUCCUAUCCACGGAUUUCGACGUAGACUUCACACCAGAGUCCUCCAAACCGUGGCGGAAACCAGGCGCCGAUAUUACCGACUACUUCAACUACGGCUUUGACGAGUUCACGUGGGCGUCAUAUUGUCUUAAGCAGCAACAGAUGCCGAAGGAGGUCAAAGAAAUUACGCAGCAGGCCGAACAAUUGAAGGCAUUUGUUGAAGGAAUUCCAGGAGGCGGGAUGCCCGGAAUGCCUCCCAUGCCCGGUGCGCCGGCACCUGGUGCUGACAUGUCGGCUAUGGCCAUGCCGAGCGAAGCUCAGAUGCAGCAGAUGUUCACAGCCAUGACCUCGCAGGGUAUCGACCCGUCGACCAUGGACCCGUCGCAGUUCAUGCAGUUUAUGGGAGGCAGCGGCGGGGGUAUGAUGGGUCAGCCUCAACAGCCAGCUUAUGGUGGAGGUGGUGGCAGCGGCUUCGAUCAAGGAGGCGGAGGUGGAGGUGGUGGCUUCGGGCGUGGCAGGGGUAGAGGUGGACGGAGGAAUUGGUAGAGACAGUUUCGUCAUCCGGAUUCCCCCGAGCAUUACUGAUUGCGCGCAUUGUGCAUGUGCAUCGUGUUAUGGACCUGGCGUCAGGCGUCAAGGGGGUCUCGCAAUAAAGUGCAGGGACAAUAUGGGCAAGGGACGCUUACCUUCACUUUUUACAGAAGGUGUGCUAGGUUCAUGGAAACCAGGGUAUCAAUCAACGAGAGGCUGCUUAGAUGAGAUAUCCCCU